AUGCAGGAACAGUGUAUCGUCAGAAAGGAUAAGCUUGUUAAAUUAGAAGAAGGGUUGCCGAACUCUGAAGAAUACUUAUGCGUAAAACACUUCUACGUACAACUUGUGAAAACGAGUAAUAAUUAUAAAAAAGCAAUACUAUACACGAAAUUAGUUUUAUACAUAACAUUACUGCUCUUCAUUGGAUGGUCUUGUUAUUUAAUAUGGCAGACGUAUCACAUGCAAUCCAUGGAGGUCAAGGUUACAGAUACUGUUCGUGAAACGGAAUUCAAGAAUGUAUUCGAAGAACCAUCAAUCCCCGACGAAAAUACGAACCGUGGUGCUUACAAACUGUUCGUUUGCAUAGUACAAAAAUAUUAUACCGAAAAUAUAAUACCUAGCGAUAAUUCUGCAAAGAAUGAUUUUCCAUCAGAAUAUACCGUUGAACAAAAAGAAAUGAAAACGGUAAAUGAAUCUAACGAGCAGAUGUUCGAUACAGAGAAAGAAAUCAAAGAUGAUUCAAAUCUGCAGUUUAAAGGACAAAAUGAUGCAUAUCAUGACGAACAAAUUACGGAAUAG